CAAUCCUGAAUUUCGACGCGUUUCCAGUCCGCCAAAAAUGUCGUCCAGUAUCGAGCUCAUUAAUCCAAAGGCAGAGAGCGUGCGGCGUGCAGCAGCGCUCCAGGUCAACACCAAUGGAGCGAUGGGUCUUGCAAAUGUGGUCAAGGGGAACUUGGGCCCAAGAGGCACCUUGAAGAUGCUCGUCGAUGGCGCCGGACAGAUAAAGAUGACCAAGGACGGAAAGGUUCUUUUGUCCGAGAUGCAAAUCCAAAAUCCCACUGCCGCUAUGAUUGCACGGACUGCUGUUGCUCAAGACGAUCAAGUAGGAGACGGAACGACAUCCGUAGUUUUAUUGGUGGGAGAGUUGCUGAAGCAAGCCGAUCGAUACAUAUCUGAAGGCGUGCAUCCCACUGUCAUUGCCGAGGGAUUCGACUUGGCAAAAAAAGAGGCUUUAUCAUUCUUGGACACCUUCAAACAACCCUCAAAACUAGAUCGUGCUACUUUGAUUAGUGUCGCGAAUACGUCUUUGGCAACAAAAUUGAAUAGCGCCAUGGCUAAGCAGCUAGCUGCAGAUGUCGUUGAUGCCGUCCUUACUAUACGUCCACCACCACCUCCGACGGACGCCAAGGAUCAAUGGCGCGAUCCCAUAGACUUGCACAUGGUUGAAAUAAUGAAAAUGCAGCACCGGACCGCCUCAGAAACGCAAUUGAUUCGCGGGCUUGUUCUCGACCACGGCGCCCGUCAUCCUGAUAUGCCCAAACGCGUUGAAAACGCUUUCGUUCUAACCCUCAACGUCAGUUUGGAGUAUGAAAAGACCGAGGUGAAUUCGGGUUUCUUCUACUCCUCCGCGGAACAGCGCGAGAAGCUCGUUGAAUCAGAGAGGCGGUUUGUGGAUGCUAAGGUGAAAAAAAUUGUGGAGCUCAAGAACCUUGUGUGCGACCAAGCGACAGACAGUAAAGAGAAGAAGAAAAACUUUGUUGUUAUCAACCAAAAGGGUAUUGAUCCUCUCAGUCUUGAUAUUCUUGCCAAGAAUGGUAUCCUUGCUCUACGAAGAGCGAAGAGGCGAAAUAUGGAGCGGCUGCAGCUCAUCUGUGGUGGUGUCGCCCAGAACUCUGUGGACGACCUCGAACCGUCUAUUCUGGGUUGGGCUGGUCUAGUAUACGAGCAUACUUUGGGAGAGGAGAAAUUCACCUUUGUCGAGGAAGUCAAAGCACCCAAGUCUGUGACGCUUCUGAUUAAAGGCCCCAAUGCGCACACCAUACAACAGAUACAAGAUGCUCUCCGCGAUGGUCUCAGAGCUGUCAAGAAUGCACUCGAAGACGAGGCCCUCAUACCCGGAGCUGGAGCGUUUGAAGUUGCUUGCUCGGCGCAUUUGAGUGGACCAGUGAAGAAAUCGGCAAAAGGCCGCGCGAAGAUGGGUGUCCAGGCAUUCGCCGAUGCCCUAUUGAUUAUACCCAAAACGUUGGCUGCAAACGGUGGAUUCGACGUCCAGGAUGUAGUCGUGGCGCUACAGGAGGAGCAAGCCGAGGGUAACACUGUUGGUAUUGAUCUGCAAUCAGGCGAGCCGUUCGAUCCUACUGUAGAAGGUAUAUGGGACAAUUACCGGGUGAAGAGACAAAUGCUCCACUCGUGCUCUGUGAUUGCCGUCAAUCUAUUGUCUACAGACGAGAUCUUACGAGCUGGGCGAAGCUCACUUAAGCCUGAUGGUCAACAGUAGCUUGAAAAUGUCUAGUUAUAUCAUUGCUAUAAGUGCCAUGGGUCUGAUUCGCCAAGGCACACUGAAUACAACAAGAAAAAAUAGAGUAGUAUGUAUACUAGCCAAGUUACAAUAAUGUUAUGCUGCAAAAUGUCCUGCAUG